UUUUUACCUGGGGGAAAAAAAAAAGAUAGAUAGAUAAAUAGAAUAUACGGGAAAAAUAAUAAAAAGAAGUAGAAGAAGAAGAAACGGUCACAGACGGUUUGCGUAGACGGGUACGUACGGUGGUAGUCUGCUGAGUGUGCGUGCGUACGUGCGUGUGUGGCAAGUACGUCUCGCGAUUAGGCGCCGAUGACGUCAAGCAGUAGCACCAAUACCAGUAGCAACUCUUAAAGUGAAAGAGAAAGAGAGAAAGAGAAUUUUCGUGCUGCCGUUACUACUACGGACGACGACGACGACGACGUCUCUCCCUGCUGCUGCUGCUGGUCUUACACUGCCACUCGUGCUGCUUCUUCUGUGUUGCGCUUGUGUCGUGUCGACGUCGUUCUGCUGCUGCUGCUGCUGCUCUCUGUUAGUAGUAUAGUAGUAGUAGUAGUAGUACGGUUGUAAAGUAGUAGUACUAAUAGUAGUAGUAGUAGUUCAGUUCAGUUCAGCUGUAAAAGCAGAAUUGGUGAAGUAAUAGUAGUGGUGUGGUGAGCACUGGUGGCAUCAAGAGUUGUCAGCAGCAACAAGCCAGUGUUGUGUCCGUGUGUCAACGCUGAAAAAGAGAGAGAGAGAGAGAGUUCUGUGAUAACGCAACGUGCUACGAAAGAGAGAAAGAGGGAGUAAAAGAGAAAUAAAGAUAGAAGAAGGAGAUUCCCUCGAAAGUGUUGCAGUAGCACUCCCCGCGACGCCGUUGAUCCUCAUCCCCUACUCUUCCACCUUCUCCACCACCACCACCACCACCACCUCCUCCUCCUCCUCUUCCUCUACCACCUUGUCGUCGUCUUCUUCGUUGUCGUCGUCGUCGUCGUCGUUGUCGUCGUCCGAUUACAUUUUCUACGUGUGCGCGUCCGCGGGCAAUGACUAACCGCGCAGCGGUUAAGUGUGUUAGUAGGAGAUAUCGUCGACGGACCCGUUUCUGCGUUGGUGUUGCCGCCGUCUACGUCAGCGCCGGUCGGACGGGAUUUGCAUAGCAAACAGAUCGACGCGCUCGUAAGUGGAUAACGAGAAGGAAGGGAGACAUAAAAAUUAUAUUGUAGCGAUGACAGAUCCACAAUUAACCAAUAACAACAAUAAUAACAACAAUAACAAUAACAACAACAACGAUGGCGAGCCAAAAUAUUUGCACAAAAAGUUUAAAAAGAUGGCGACGACGGAGGUUACGACGCCUAGGGUCGAGUCCAAAAGGAAAGAUAUCUCAAGUAACAUGGUGGCGGCCGAUGAUGAUGAUAACAAAAUUGGUAAUAAUGAUCAAACGAAGAAAAAGGAAACGGUCAAGGAUAGUAGCAGAGAUUCACCAAAGGAAUCUUAUAAAGAAUCCCACAAGGAAUCUUUCAAGGCCGAUGCAGCAGCAGCAGCAGCAGCAUCACCCGAGGCCGCUGCAACCACUGAGACCGAACCCACUGAAUCGCGAAAAACCGGAUACGUUUGCCCUUAUUGCAAGAUUUCCUGUGCCAAACCUAGUGUAUUGCAAAAACACAUAAGGGCGCAUACCAAUGAGAGGCCAUAUCCAUGCGUGCCCUGUGGUUUUGCUUUUAAAACCAAAUCCAAUCUUUACAAACAUCGGAGAUCACGGACUCAUGCUUUAAAAAUGGAAGGCGGUGAUAGCAGCAAGCAGGUUUCGGAAGACUCGGACAUCAGCCUGUCUGACAGUGCUAGUAACGGUACAGGAACUCCACCACCUCCACAAAUAACAACAACAACAACAACGUCAACGCCCACAACAACUUCCUCCGUCGUGAAGACCGUCAAAACUGGAAAGAUUUACAAACCAAAGUUUCAUACCGCUUUACAAUCGAUAAACAAUGAAGCGGAAAACAAUACAUCUUCGUAUUCGUCAACGAACUCUUCCAGUAAUUCUUCCAUACCAUUGACCAAUAAUAAUAAUAAUAAUAAUAGUAAUAUUAAUAAUAUUAAUAAUAGUAAUAAUAAUAAUAAUAGUAGUGUCGUUGUGAACGUUGCAAAACAGAACGCGGAUCGGUUGCAAGAACACAUUGAUAAAAUAAUAACGGACAAUCGUGCUAUAGUAGACGACGUUGAUCCGCGUCUUCAUAAAUUAAUGCAACGACAACAAAGUAUGGUAGAAAUGAAACAACAAUCCGAUCAACCUUUGAAUCUCUCAUCGGUGAACGAAUCCUCAACGAGGAAACGUUGUUACAGUGAAAGUUUCGUUCAGGAAGGUAUUACGGAUCAUCGAACUAACACACCAGCAACAACCACUACGAACGAGGCUUCCAUCAUCAAAGAUCUUUUCUUAAAAACGCGUGAUACUUGUGAGGUUGUUAGCACCUCGGAGAUAGUGGAAAAUUAUAUAUGUUCGUCUUGUAACAUACCUUAUACGAGUAUCGAUAAUCUCGAAACUCAUCGACGAUAUUAUUGCAAGGGACCUAUCAGUCCUAGGAUAUCGGAAUAUCAAUUGGAUAACGAUAAAAGGGAAUCCGAGUUUGAGUCUAAGUCUUCCGAUUAUUAUGCUACGUUGCAACCACUUCCUUCGCCAGGACCUUUGUUGGGCAACACAAGACUCGUCGACCCGUACGCCCCACCCGUGAAAAAAUCACGCUCGGAAUCGGUUCCAACUAGUUUGAGAUCACUCGAGGAAUUAAGCAAAUAUCCAAGGCCUAAUUCCUUGCAAAUGUUCGGGGGCGAGGUAAGGAUACUUGACAAUAUGGGCGAGACUAAGACCAUGAGAAUCGAGCCGCGACAAACUAAUUCACCGACGAGCGAACAGAUCUCAAGCAACAAGUGCGUCACGUCGGAGACAUCAUCGAUCGUGGUAAGAUCGGGUCUUCAUUCGGGUGGUACUAUGGUACACAAACCACCUAGCACGCCUACUAGUAGUACACAACAGAGUUCUUCCAUAUCUUUACCAAACACUCCUAAAUUAUUGGCCCCAAUCAUACCAAACAUAUCAACCCCAAACAUAGCACCGACUAUGUCAUGCUUCAAUUAUUUGGAACCGCAUUUUAAUCCAUUGACGAGCAUAACCGCAUAUAAUCCAUUGACGUUGCCACAAGCGGGUAUCACGAGUAUUCUACACGGUGGUAAGGUUAUUCCUUAUGUACCUGGUAUGCCAGGACCGCAUACCUUAACCGGAGCACCGCCGCAACCUCCACCACCACCACCACCACCAUCCAUAGAUAUAUCUCCUGGUGUGGCAGCAUCUGGUGAAGUUGGAUAUAAAGUCAUACCAGGUGUACCCGGAUUACAUAUGAUAUCUCAACCUUUGGAUCUUGCCAGUCCGGUCAAGAUUCAAACGCCCAACGUACCUGGAAUCCCGGGACCGAUAUCUGGUGAACAUGUCUCGAUAAUGGGCCAACCAUUGGAUCUUGCUAGUCCCGCUAAGGAGACAAAGAUUAGCUUUAAAACACCUAGCAGCGAUGGUCUGAGAAGCGGAAGUGGAUUAACAAGUCCAAAAGUUUCUACUAUUAAGGUUGAUACUUCUACCGACAAGUAUCGAACAAGUAGGAUGUCCCUCACACCUGCUGUAACUGAGCUACUAAUAACGGAACUUGAUCGUCAUAUCAAACUCAACGUUCCUGUUAAACAUAAAACCAUGGAAAGCCCACGCGAGACUAGAGAAUUAUCCAUUGAAAAAAGUCCCAAUGUCGAUAAGACCUACGCUUAUUCUAAUGGCAUCGACGCACCUGUUAAUUCUGCAAAUUCUUAUCCCAAGCCCAAAUAUUCACCCAAAUCAACUUUGGAGAACAGAAAGAGGCCAUCUACAUGGAACAUUGCAGAGCUGGAAAUUGGUAGAACUCAGGUCGAAACCAUUGAAUAUGGUUCGAAUCUGAAAUACGAAUCUUCGCCAUCUCGUGAAAAUGGUCGUAUCAAAAUGAAUGUUCUCGAGAGUAGAGGAGGAAAGUUAGUCGAAAGUUAUAACACUGUUGAUGAUAACAAAUUAAAAGUGGAUUCUUCGAUAGUUAAAAUAUCAGUAGCAGCAGCAUCAACAGCACCACCACCAGCACCGCCAGCCACACCACAAACACCCCCAGUGAUACUUGUGAAUUUAGAUUCAUCCAAGUCAGAAGUGCCAAGUAAAACUUUCGUAGAAUUAGUUUUGAAAACUGAUAAGUCUGAAGCUAAAUCGCCGAAAACUAACGACGGUGCUAAAGAUGAGACUAGUGUUAAUAAGUUUUUAAGACCAACUUCAUUACCGUUAAAACCUGGAACGUUUACGCCAAAAAAACAUCACGGUAUUACGCCAACGGCUAAUACACUUUCCCUCAUUAGUCCAGAAACUCCUAGACCAAAAAAAUCAUAUGGACAACUUUAUUUAAAUGGACACGCCUAUACAUAUCUAGGUUUAAAGUGUUCAACCAGAGUAUUUUAUUGUACCCUUAACAGACCGCAGCCCAUGUACGUUACGCAACAACACGGUCUUUCUAUGUAUUCCAAUUGGAAAAUUUGCAAAGAAGCCCCGCCAGAUUUGGAUUUGGCACAUUAUGAUUCUAGAAACAGACCUCUUAAUUAUACCACCGCUUGUACCAUGCGAGAAGAUAUUUUGACUCAUUCUUCGCAGAGGCCUAUCACACCUACGAGUCCGGAUAGUGGCUUGGAAAGUGAUAUACAAGAAAAAUCCAAAAGAAUUAAAAUAUUCGACGGUGGUUUUGAAAGUAACGAGGAUUACACAUAUGUUAGAGGUCGUGGUCGUGGUCGAUAUGUCUGUGAAGAAUGUGGAAUUCGUUGUAAGAAGCCUUCGAUGCUGAAGAAACAUAUCAGAACUCAUACGGAUGUACGACCAUUCACCUGCAGGCAUUGCGCCUUUAGCUUCAAAACCAAGGGCAAUCUAACGAAACAUAUGAAAUCAAAAGCACAUUAUAAAAAAUGUGUCGAGCUUGGAAUAGUUCCUGUACCAACGACAGUUUGCGACGAGAAUAUCGACAAAGAAGCUAUCGUGCGAUUGGCAGUAGGUGGAAAUACCGAAGAAUCAACUUCGGAGGAAGAGGAGAGUGAAGGUGAAGGAGAUGAAAGUGAAGAAUCUGGGAGUGAAGAACACGAAGCUGCGCAAAGUUUGCUAAGUCUGUCGCAACGUAAUACUAACAGAUUGCCAGGAUUAUUACCUUCGGGUCGACCAACAACAUAUCCUUAUACUUUGACUUUUCCAUCGAGUUCAGUUACAACGAAUAUCAUAUCAACCGUUUCCACUAGCAGCACAUUAUCAUCUACCAACGAUCAUAAUACGAAUGAUCAAGAAACUAACAUCAUUCAGAGUGAACAUUCACAUUGUUAUUAUUCCCCAUCAGAAUGGACAGCUGUUGAUAGGUUAAGAAUCAGUGAUACAAUAUCAUCGUCUAAAGAAGACUCGGAUAUCGAAGUGGAAGAGAUAAUCGAUUCAGAUUCACGUCAGCAGAUAUCUCAACCAAUGGAUCUUACUACUAAGCAAACUACUACUGCACAACAACAACAACAACAACAGCCUCCUGUACCAUCACCAGUACCACCACAAAGAGCAAUGCCUGCUGAUAUCUUAACACCGGUAUCAGAACCAGUUGUAUUGCAAACAAUAGUGCAGACAAUGGAACGAUUACCUAUACAAGGAAGAGAAUGGAAACCUAAUGCCGAAGGACGUAUGCUUCAAGCAUAUCUUACUGAGAGACAUGUUAUGGAUAGUAAAAUCAAACAACAAUAUCGUGUAGGAAAUUCAAAAAUUGAUAGAACUAUGAGUGGAGAUAAUAAUAGAGACGUUUAUCCUAAAUAUCAAGAUGCCGGUGGAAGAACUAGAAAUGUGGAUGAAGGUGACAACACUCCUACUGUAACAUAUACGGAUCUUACAAAAAUUCAACAAAAAUUAAUAGAAUCUAAGAUAAAACAUGCAACUAAACAAUCGUCGGAUGAUAUUAAAACAGAAAUUCGUGAAAAGAUUUAUCAAAACAGUGUAGCAAUGGAAAGAAAAUUAUAUAAUUUUGAAACGAUGCACAAAGAUAAAGAACAACAACAACAACAACAUCAUACCACGAGUCGAGAUAUUCAUGAUAACAAUUCAAGAAAUAAUAUAGAAUAUGGUAUCGUAAUGAAUAAAAAUAUCAAUCCCAUAGAAAGGAAUAAUUAUUCAGUUGAUAUACCACCAUCAUCUCGUAGCACACCUGUUUUAGAUCGUCAUUCACCGAAAAAUUUUCAUUCCGAUCCUAACAACAGAUUUAUUCCAAUACAAUAUGGUAACAAUGAAACUGAAAGAACUUCUAUACUUAAAACAAUGAACGUAACAAAUCAAGAAGUAAGACCGGUCAAUCAAGAAAUGCGAUUACCUUCUGAUAUUAGAAUGCAAAGUCAAAGUCCUCGAAAUUUAGAGCUUAGAUCUCCUAAUCGAGAAAUCCGAAUGCCUAAUCAAGAUUAUCAUCGUACGCAAUCUCAAGAGUUACGAUUAUCAUCCACGCAAGAUUAUAAAUUACGUGGUCAAGACAUGCAACCAUUAGGAACAGAAUUUAAACAAAUAUCAACGGAUGUACGUCAAGAGAUUGUUCAACCAGGAAACAUGGAAACAAGACAAGUUAUUACAGAUAAUAGAUCACCUAGUAGAGACAUGCGUAGUAUGUCGGAAUACAGAUCAGAAUAUAGAUCUCAACCGCAAGAAACAAGACGUUAUUUCGAAAUAAUACAAUCAUCGUCAUCGUCAUCAUCUACGCGCGAGUCACCUAAAUUGCAGGAUGUAACCAGACCACAGAAUAUAGAUGUCAAGAAUUCAGAACGUUCUGAAAUCAAACAUAAUGCAGAAAUGACGAAACAAAAUAUUGUUGAUAGUAUUAAACACACGGUAGCAAGAAAAGUGGUUGUAGGUGGUCCAGAUUUUAGAUCACAAUCUCCAACAGUAGGAAAUGCUAAACCUCAAGCUGAAUUCUUACAACCAUCAACUGGACCAGCACCAAAUUAUAUAAGUUACAGUGUUACGGAAGAUGGCCGAAGUAUAUGUGGGAUUUGUAACAAGGUGUUCACCAAACCUAGUCAUUUAAGAUUGCAUAUCAAUAUUCAUUAUUUCGAAAGACCAUUUCGAUGUGAGAGUUGUGCAGUCUCCUUCAGAACAAAAGGCCACUUAACGAAACACGAAAGAUCAGUUUCACAUCACAAUAAGGUCAGUAUGACGUCUACUUUUGGAGCUGCCACUACUAGCAAUCCUAGACCGUUCAAAUGUACAGAUUGCAAAAUAGCCUUCAGAAUACACGGUCAUUUGGCUAAACAUUUGCGUAGUAAAAUGCAUAUUAUGAAAUUGGAAUGUUUGGGUAAAUUACCAUUUGGUACAUACGCCGAAAUGGAAAGAUCCGGUAUCAAUUUAAAUGAUAUCGACACCACCGAUUGUGACAAUAGUCUUACUAGUCUUCAGAUUUUGGCACAAAGACUUUGCGAAAAGGAUCCCAAUAAAAUGGGUCAAUGGGAUACAGAAGUGGUUCAAAAUCAACAACCUAUUAGUGGAAGUGAAACAUCUUCCGAUGAAGGUGAACCCAUAACUCAACAUCCAAUUUAUUCAUUUCCCGGAACGAAAGCAACGAAAGAUUGUGAAAUGUCUCGAUCAUAUCACGUGCCAAUUGCUGCAACUGAAGAUCCCAAAUCAAUGAUGGAUGUUCACAUUGUUAAUUCCCAAUUUAAUCAACAACAGAAACGGGAAUAUGGUAUGAAGGAAAAUACCAAUCAACAAUCGACAGUGGUAGUUACGUCAGAAAAUAAUUUACAACAAUCAUACAAGUGCCAAGUUUGUCCAAUGUCUAUGCGUAAUUUAAAUGAAUUGCAAGUGCACUGUUGUAUUGAACAUAAUAUUGAUACAGAGUCUAGUACAAAUGUUCAUGGGGAUAAUAGAACUACGAAUAAAUGUAAGGAAAAAGAGAAUACUCAGAUGAAAAUGACUGUUAUUGAAGAACGCGUUAGAGAAGAUCACAGUCGACAAAAGAUAGGAGAUACAUAGUGCCAAAAUGAUUUGCUACAAUAGCAAAUGUUCAAUAAGAGAUACUAUAUUUCAUAAACUUUAUGUGUUGGCCAUUUAAAAUGA